ACCUGUACAGUGGUACUGAUAAGUAAAAUGAAACAUUUUUCUAUUUUUACACGUGGCAUUCAUCUUGACAAAACUUUGGUGGAGGGAUCCUUUCGAGUUAGUUCUUUGUGAAGCAGAACAAGGACACUUCACACUCCUUUUAACCCUGCUAUAUAACUUUAGGAUGUAUUCUCCAAGCUGAACUUUAUCUACUUGUUUUACUUCCUUGUUGUCUUCUAGUUCUAGUUUAGAGUUGUGGGUGCAAUGGAGUUUGAAACUGACCUGAAAAAUGAAAAUCUGGAUGAGCUGAAGACAAAAUUCAAUUUGACUACACUGCCUCUUAGACAGAUGCUCGAGGAGAAAGACAUGCCACACCGUUCUUUUUUUGAAGGAACAAGGAAGAUGCUACGCCUUGCCCGUGAGCAUGCACAGAAGAUCCUGCUGGAGCAAAAAUCGUCGAGUCUAGAGUUGAAGAGCAAGAAGAAGAAGCUUGAUUCUUGGAGUAGAGAACGGAGGGAAGUCUUAACUGAGCGAGAAAAGCAAAAGCUUGAUGAGGAGAAGAAAAAGAAUGAUAUGAGAAUUUUAGCACUUCAAAUGGCCUCUGCAGAACAAAGAAAAGCUGAUGAGAAUGUCUUGAGACUGGUUGAAAAACAAAAGAGGGAGAAGGAGGAAGCCUUGAAAAAGAUUCUUGAGCGUCCAGAAAGGGACAUCGAUGCCAAGCAAAAUCUGGAUAUGGAAAUAGCAGAACUUAAAGGAAAACUAAAAGUUAUGAAACCCCUUGGAGGCAAUGACGAUGCAGCUGUACAGAAUAAGAAUAAGGAGAUGACUGAGGAGCUGAAAGAUAAAACAGAGGAGAUGGAUAAUAUGGAGUCCCUAAUCCAGACUCUCGUUACGAAGGAGCGCAAAAGUAAUGAUGAGUUGCAAGAUGUACGGCGCACAUUGAAAGAGGGAUUGCUUGAGAUAUUGAGCAGUGGGCGAGCCCAUAUUGGGAUAAAAAGAAUGGGGGAAAUCAAUUCAAAGGCCUUUCAGAGUGCAUUGAAGCAGAGGUUUCCGAAUCAGGUAGCUGAAAUCAAGGCCAUGGAACUUCUUUCUCUGUGGCAGGAAAAAACACAAGACCCUGACUGGCAUCCCUUUAAAAUAAUCAAGAUUGAUGAGUCGAAUUUCGAGAGAGUGGUAGAUGAGAACGAUGAAGCACUACGAAAGCUAAAGGAGGAAUUUGGGGAUGAAAUAUGUGAUGUGGUGACUGCAACUCUGAAGGAGAUAGAGGAAUACAAUCCUAGUGGUAGGUACGCGAUUCCUGAGCUAUGGAAUUUCAAGGAAGGAAGGAAGGCCAAACUGACAGAAGUAAUCAGUUUCAUCAUCAAGAAAUUGAAGAUGCAAAAACGCAAGAGGACAUAUAUCUAGGUGCUUAUAAUUUCUAGCUUUCCUAUCUCUGGUCAUCAGAUGGAAUUCCUGCUUCUAUAUAUACUUGCUCUUAUUUUAGUGAUGUACCAAAGGAGUUACUUUUUUAUGGUGGGUGUAUAUAUGCACUUUUGGGAUUCAGAUAUGUGCAAGUUUGCAAGAUGGUUGACAUGUCUCUGCAGAACUAGUCCAGGUGCCCCUAUAUGUUUUGGAGGUGCCUGUAAAACCGCGUACGUAUGACUCAGUGGAGAUUAUCCUUUUCUGUGACUUGACUGUUUGCAGUUGAAACUAUGAUUACCGACUCUGAUAUGCAACUGAGAAUG